UUAAACUCUCGGGAGCCCGCACAUUCAAUAAAUAAUUCAUUGGACCCUGGGCUGUAAUUACUGGCUGAUGUCAGCGCUUUCGCCCAAACAGCGCACGGUGCAGAAAGUGGAGGCGCACGGCGGUGUAUGGUGAGAUCUACCUUUUUAAAUGGCCGAGUGUGAGAUCGCGUCAAAGGCCAAAAAAUGUGUACUCUGGACAGGAGCUUUGUCUUGCUUUCCAUGGUCAUUGGGAUUAGCUUGUUAUCCGGUAAAGUGAUCGGAAAAGCACCGAAAUGUCCUUCUCGAUGCAGCUGCACCAAAGAUACAAUCAUGUGUAUCGGAACUUCAUCUGUCCCAAGGAUUACUGCCAGCGAUGUAACGUCCCUGAGUUUGGUGAAUGGAAGUUACCGCGUAAUAACAGAAGGGAUGUUUUCAAGCUUACCGUUUUUGCAACUUCUGCUGCUGAAUUCAGAUUCAGUUACAUCAAUAAACAGUGAUGCCUUUGCUGAGCUGCCACAUCUUGAGUAUUUAUUCAUUGAAAGCAACAAAAUUGAGUCGAUAUCAAGGCAUGCUUUUCGAGGACUCAAAAAUUUGAUCCAUCUUUCUUUGGCCAACAAUGGAAUCAGAUCCUUACCAAGGGAUGUCUUCAUUGACUUGGAUUCCUUGAUUGAACUGGAUUUGCGUGGAAACAUGUUCCAAUGUGACUGCAAAACAAAAUGGAUGAUGUCUUGGUUGAGGAUCAUAAAUGCCACUGUGACUGAUGUCUUCUGCGCAGGCCCAUCAGAUCAUGCAGGAAAGAGGCUAACUGACUUGGCAACCUCUGCCUUUGACUGCAUGUCAACAGAGUUUGUAUUGCACCAGAUUUUACCGUACGAGUCUGUAUCUGUGAACACAUUCUCUUUUAAGGAUGAUGUUUACGUAGCAAUUGCACAACCAAAUGUGGGAAACUGCAGCGUGCUCGAAUGGGACCAUAUCGAGAUGAAUUUUCGAAGUUUUUACAAUAUUACUGGUCAGUCCAUAAUUGGAUGUACGGCAAUAACAAUUGAAGAAGAGGUCUUUGUUGUGAUUGCACAACUCUUCGGUGAUUCUGCCAUUUACAAAUAUGAUGCGAACUGGACCAAAUUUGUAAAAUUUCAAGAGAUUGGUGCUUCUAAAAUUUCAAAGCCGAAUGACAUUGAGGCAUUCCAGAUUGACAACGAGUGGUUCUUCAUUAUAGUAGAUAGUUCCAAAGCUGGGUUAUCAACAAUAUAUAAGUGGAAUGGCAAAGCUUUCUAUUCCUACCAGACUCUGCACAAAUGGUUUAGAGAUACAGACUCCGAGUUUGUUAGUGUAGAUGGGAAAUCUUGUUUAAUACUAACAAGUCGGUCACAAAGCCCAGUGAUCUUCGAAUGGAACAGGAAUACAAAGCAGUUUGUGCAGCAAAGUGCUAUGCAAGCUAUGGAGGAUGUUAUUGCUGUGAAAAGUUUUAGAAUUAAAAACGACGUAUUCAUUUGUCUGACAAGGUUUAUUGGUGACUCUUUAAUAAUGAAGUGGAAUACAAAGCAGUUUGUUGAAGUGCAGGAUCUUCCCUCACGGGGCUCGAUGCUUCUCCAGCCAUUUUCAUUCAAGGACCGGCACUAUUUGGUUGUAGGAAGUGACUACACUUUCUCUCAGAUUUACCUGUGGGACAGUCAAAAGAAAGGCUAUGCAAAAUUUGAAGAAAUCUACGUCCAGGCGCCCCGAUCUUUUACUCCGGUAUCUACAGAUCGAAUGGAUUUUUUAUUUGCUGCAAGUUUCAAAGGAAGUACUCAAAUCUUUAAGCAUGCAAUUAUUGAUUUGAGCCUUUAACUUGAUGAAAACAAAAUGCUAAAUCAAAAUCAGGAUCAGUUAGCUUGCAAACGGAUCCUUGGUGUCUUGGAAGCUGGAACAAACUGCUUCAAAGUAUUUAACUACAAUCGGACAAAAAAUAGCCCUAUAAAAUCAUAGUGGGCAGGGAGUCUUUCUUUCUGUCUUUAAAAGGUGAAGGCCUUGACUUUUAACAACAAUGCAACGGUAUUAUUUCUCUGUCCUCGUGUAAAUUGCCAUAUUCAAAAUCAAGAAACUACUCUAACAAAAUCAUUUUUAUAAACUGUCUUCAUUUACUGAGGCACAGUAGUAAGAAAAUAAGUAUUUAUGAAAUGUGUUCUAGUUCAUUAUUAAUAUAUAUUAUGCUAUACAUAAUAAAAUCCUGACUUGUAAUGUUCAUUAAGCAAUAAAUAAAGAUGCCCAAGUUUUAUUUAAUCAUAUAAUAUGCAACAGAAUUAAUGCUGUGCCUUCAUUAAUAAUGCGUAUAUAUUGGUACAAUUUUCACGGACAUAACUUCAAUAGUUAUGAUUUGUGGCUACCUAUAUUCGUAACUUGCACUGCUGAAAUGAAUGUGUGAUAUAUUAUACUUAUACUGCAGAGCAGUAGAAUUGUAGCUUUAAUGGUAGAAUUAAUACCUUGGGAGAGAUCUUGCUCAGCCAGGUAUUGUUUUAGGGAAAAUAUGUUUUAGCAUUAGACAUCUGUUGUUGCUCCAAGAAUGUUGCAAAGGAGUUUAGUGUUGUUGUCAGGAACUUCCUAUGUACCAAUAAAUGGAGUAUAUAUAACCGUGGCCAUUGCAAGUGAUACAUUAUAGAAAGCUCUAAAAAAAAAUUAAUAACAUUGCUGACUGUUAGUGUCAUCUUGAGCGAGGCAUGCAAUUUCACCAGUCAUUGAAUUGGUAAUCUUGAUAAUCAGUUCACCACUUUAGUCAUCAUUUUUAGGGAAAUUACAGAUCAUUUCCCCAGAUAUUCAUUUGCACUGCUCUAUAACAAAACAAUGUUAUGCAGUUGUAGCUGGAAUAGAGCAAUUUUGCAUACAUUUUGACACAUUCUUUGCCUUUGUCUUGAAAAUCAACUCCUGAUUUCAUUUUUGAGUGAGUGGGAUUUUCAUCUUUGUUUGUAUUUAUUUCUGGCAAAAACUCUGGAAAUACAUGUCAUCUGUGGUGAGAUUUCCAAACUCACUGCUUUGGG